AUGGUCAAAUACAACGAUUCUCUAUAUGACUACAUAGCCAAAAGGGAGAAGGACCCUGGCACCAUCUUGGUCAAGUUCGCGCGUCUAGGUUUUGACCCGCGGAAAACCGAGCCUCAUAUUGUCAUACAGUGCAAUAAGAGGGUCGGGAAGAUGGCCAAGAAGUUCUUUGCACAAAGGCACGUAAAAGAGGAUCUUUUGCUGGGCUUAAAAGUCAUUAUAUUGGACAAACCGCCGGUAGAGGUUGCAAAUGACGACACGAUAGAUGUCCUUUCCGACUCCCUUCCUGACAAGACAAUGUGCGGAAUGCGUAUCACGUUGAGUGGAGGCGGCAAGUCUGUCAGCUGUACUCUUGGUGGGGUCAUCAUUGUCAAAACCGAUCAGAAACGCAUGUAUGGACUUAUAGCUGGGCAUCCAUUGAAGAAACUUCGAGGGGACCCUUCUGGCAAGCAGCCGACGUAUGAAGUCUACGGAUCAUCUUCAGAAGAUGACGAGGAUUCCGACAGCAGCAACACUUCUGCAGACACAUCAGUGAUGUCGUCCAAACCGGUACAUUCAGAUAUCGAGGGAACGAAUGAGGAUGAUCCUUUGCAAACGAAACUAAAAAUCGGGACCGUUGUUUCUGAUACUUCCAGUAUCCCAUCAGACAAGAACUACGACUGGGCACUCAUCGACCUCAACCAGAAAUAUGCACUGUCGAAUAUAGUGAUUCGGAAUCCGCAGUUCCAACAAUCCGAUUUCGAAGAUUUUGGAGCAGGUAUUCGCCACUAUUACGCUGAUUGUCAAGACAAGAACAUCACAAAGGAAGUACUUGUGAUCAAACAAGACAAUCCACGUAUGGCAAAAUUAUCCUUGAAUACCUCUUCGUUGGUUAUAUCCCCUGGAUCGGGAUUUGUUAAUGCUCAUGAUGUUACCAUGAAGGAUGGCUCGUUUGAGCCAUUGUCCACCGAGGCAGGAAAUUCAGCUAAAAACACGAAUGAGGGCUAUCAAUACCCAACAACAGACCAGGAUCCUAGUAGCCAGGACUUGCUUCAGCAGAGUAGUGUAGAGUACCCUGUCAUCAAUUCUCCUUCAGACUUUGACCGGGUUCCCGCCCCACAGGUUCCGGAAAAGGAGGAGCGCAACGCACGUCGUGAAGACGAUAAACCAACAGUCCAGCAAUGGCUCCAGGAGCAGGAUGAGGUGCGGGUUAUCCUGAAUUCUCUAUUUGAACCUUUUAAGUUACAGUCUCGCGAGGGGCGUGGGCAUGGGCGUCGGCGUUCGACUCGUUCUCCUGAUUUUGCUGGUGUAUUCAACAGUAGGAGGGACUAUGGUCGUGCAAACAAUUCUGUCCGUGCUGAAAGGGAUCGUGUGGAUAAGAAGUCCAGAUCCAUGGAGCGUUGA